AUGAGUGCAAGCAGCCUCUCUUGGGACCAGGCUGUUCUCCAGCCUCCGGUGUGCGAUGCCUGGAAGGAGAUUGUGGAAGGAGCAGCCUACCAGCUGGCCAGCUGCAUCGUCCUCCUGGGUUACAUGGGGGGAAGUGGCAUCUUUGGGUCCCUCUAUAUCUUCGUGUUCCUGGCCCCAGGCUACUUCUGCUAUGCUCUGUGGGGCUGGCUGAGCGCCUGUGGGCUGGAUAUCUUCAUCUGGAACAUGCUGCUUGUCCUCGCCUGCUUGCUUCAGCUAGCUCACCUGGCUUACCGGCUCCGCAGAGACACCAUCCCAGAAGAGUUUGACCUCCUCUACAAGACCAUGUACCUGCCCUUGCAGGUGCCCCUGGACGUCUACAAAGAAAUUGUGAAGUGCUGUGAAGAGCAAGUCCAGUCACUAGUCAGAGACCAGAAUUAUGCGGUGGAGGGCAAGACGCCCAUCGACCGCCUCUCGUUGCUGCUGUCUGGCAGGAUCCGAGUGAGCCAGGAUGGACAAUUCCUUCACUACGUCUUUCCAUACCAGUUCCUGGACUCUCCAGAAUGGGAGUCGCUGCGACCCUCUGAGGAAGGAACUUUCCAGGUCACGCUGACGGCCGAGACUGACUGCAGCUUCAUCACCUGGCCAAGGAAGAAGCUGUAUCUCCUCCUGAGGAAGGACCACUACGUUGCCCGGCUUUUCUCCUCCCACCUGGGCUACGACAUCUCGGAGAAGCUCUACUCCCUCAACGAGAAGCUCUUUGCCAAGUUCGGCCUUCGCUUUGAUAUCCGCUUGCCCAGCCUCUACCAUGUCCUCGGGCCAGCCUCUUCUGAGGGGGACCCAGAGGACUGCGAGGAGCCACCACCUGCCUCUGGCCAGGCUGGUGCCUCCGAGCCCCCUCCACAGCCACCACCACCGCCGCCGCAGGCUCCGCGCCCCCGGGCAUCCCGGCCUGACAGUGACCUGCUGGGUGAGGACUCCACCAGUCUUGUCUUGGAAGAUUUUGCUGAGUUGCCGGGGUCUUUUAUGGACUAUGUGAGUGAAGCCUCUGGAAACCUUCUCCGAAGUUCCCCCCACCCUGUCUGCAAAGGACGAGCCCCUCUGGCUCCCACUCAGACCCCUGAACUCUAG